CCUGGCGGUGCCGGAUCCUGACGGUGGCCUUCCCCUGGAUUCUCUUCCAGUCUGUGCCAUUUUAGGUCAAUUUCAUUCACAGUUAAGUCAGUUUAUGCCAUGCUUUCAUCUAUUACUUAUUAUCUAUAAUCAGGUCUCCUCUUCAGCUUCAGAGCUGUAUCCAGCUAGCUAAUGGAUCUUCUUCUUAAAGUCAUGCAGGCUCCUCUGGUUAAACAUUUUAACACCUGACCGAUGGUCAUCCCCUCCAAUAUUCCCUAGCUUAUUGAAUGACACUCUGUCAAAGAUACCCAGUUUCUCAAACCAAAUAUCUUGGAGUCAUCUUGACCUUUCAUCUCUUGUUUCCCACCUUGGUCAUCAAGUCCAUCAGUUCUCUGUUUGAAAUAUCUCUAGGAUCUGUUUCCUCUCUCCAUCCAUAUUAUUUCCACUCAGUAUCCAUAUUAUUCAGGCCCUCAUUAUUUCUAUCUUGAUCUGUUAAAGUAAUAGCAUACUAGCAGGUUUUCUUGCUUCCAUGCCUACUGUUCUCAGAGCCAUUCUCCAUAAGCUUUUAUUUUUGACUUAUUGAGUUUUAGCCAGUGUAAGAGUUUAGAUAUCAUGCAUUUCAAGUGAUAGAGUAGUAGCCUAGGGCAGGUAUUUUUGAUUAGCUUGAAUUGAGGUUAAGUUUGGUUAAGAUUAGCCAUGAGGAUGGAGAGUUAGGAAUUUUUUAAAUAGAGAAGGUAAUAAAACAUUGAGAAACCAAGACAGGCUUUCUGAGGAAGUAAGCAUUAAGAAAACAGCAAAAAGUCAAGGACUAAGCUUUGAAGAAUAUACUUACCUUUACACGAUUUAGUGAACCCUUGAGGAACAGAUCAGCAAAAGCAUGGUGAAAAACUGAGGCCAGUAGUUAAGUCACUUGCCCACUUCUGUACAACAGUUUAAGAAGAAUGAACUAGGUCUAUUUAUUCAAUAUAAAUAACCCUCAAAAGCAAUAAAUGAAAAAAGAAAGUUGCAAAACAAUAUAUAUAUAGUUUAUAAGUAAGAAACCUAAUUUUAUUUUUUAUUUUCUGUGGCUAGAAGUGUUGUUAUAUAGAAGUGUUGUUUUAAAAAUGGAGGGGAGGGAGAGUCAUUAGGGAAGAAACUUAGAACCAACUGAGAACUGAGUGGAAGGAGGCUGAGAAAGGGGACUUUUACUUUACCUAUAUUAAAAAAUUUUUCCAAGAAGGGUAUAUUUCUGUAAUCUUACAGUAAAACAAAAGAGUGAGACCUUGGAGAAUGCAGUGUCAUGAAAGUUACCCAAAAGAAGAAAAUGUUUGAGUUUUAUAGAGAGAAAAGCUGUAGUUUAUUACAACCUCUUUGAAAAAUGGCAUGUGGUGUUAAUGAAAGACGAAGAAAGAUUUCCAAGUAGCUGUGAGUGCUAAGUUGAAAGAUAAAGUCACUUUUAUGAGGUAGAUGAGGAAACAGACUGACAUACAGCUUUGGAGUUUAUUAUACAGAAUAGAAAAGUUUUCCUUAUCAGUAUUAUUAGAGGCAUUUUAGAUAAGAAACAUGGAUAUUUUUGCACUGCCCAUCGCACGGCAGUGAACGUUGUUGAACAUAGAAUAUUCACUGAUCCUUUCUGGUUACUCCUGUUUGAACAAAGGGAGAUUUUCAAAUCAGCUGGAACAUUUGUUAUGGAAAUGAUUAUGGAAGAAUUGUGUAAAUAUAAAUAAAGAGAGAAUGAUCUUAAGUGAGACUAUUCCUAUUUCAUUGAUGUUUGAGAAAUGGGUCAUUAAAACUUGCUGAGAGAAACUCAGCAGUAUUUAGACUUAAUCAUAGUAACCUAGACAACAGAUGAUAAGGACCUGAACCAAGCCAAUGGUAGUAAGAAUAUAGAGAGAGAAUUUGGAAAUCAUUCUGAGGAAAGAAUCAACAGAAUGUGGAGACCAAGUCUCUAUUCUACCUGAUCAGAUCUUUACUUUCUUUAAGUUACUAGAAGGUCUGCUAUAAUCUAGAAUUAUGUGAGAGAUUUUUAUGACAAUUAUCAAUAAUUGCUGUUAUACUUAUAAAUUAACUAUAGUUGGGGAGUCUGAAAAUCAAAUAUAUUCAUAAUUUUAUUAAGUUUUGUUUGUAAAUGGCAUUAAGUUUCAUUCUACAAAGAUAAAUACACAGUAUAUGUAUAGUUGAUUCACUUUGUUAUAAAGCAGAAACUAACACACCAUUGUAAAGCAAUUAUACUCCAGUAAAGAUGUUAAAAAAAAAAAAGAUAAAUACACAAAGGGUAGAAAAAUAAUAUAAAGUUAAAAUAAGUGAGAAAGGAAGGUAAGACAAGGAUAAUACAUAAAUGCUUUACUAUUAAAGUCCUCUAGACUUGACACAAAUUUGGCUUUAAGUUGUACUUUUUGUUCUUAAACAUAAAACUUUUAUUGAAGCAUAACUAAAUACACAAAAGCAUAUCAGUCAUAAGUGUACAGCUGAAUGGAUAUGAGCAGGGAGAUCUGAACAGUUACACAGUUAACAGCCAUAAGAUAAAACUUCAGCUAGCCUAGUUUCAUACAUGAAUUUUGGCAUCAUGCAGCUUGGGCACAAGUUCUACCUCUAACAUUUAAUACUUUCCACCUCUCUUAAAUUGAGCAAGUUAUUUAUGUUCACCAAGCUUGGGUUUCCUCAUAGGCAAAGUGGAAUGAUAAUAAUACCUACCUCAUAGAGAUUUUGAGGCUUAAAUGGGUCAACUUGGGUAAAGCACUUAGCACUAUACCUGGUACUCAGCAAGGAUUCAGUAAAGAUUAGCUAUCAUUUUUCUUAUUUUUAAAUAAAAUUAAACCAGUUCAUAUGAAACAAGUGUUCCUUUUUAUUUUGACAUUUUAGAAAUUUUGUUUAAAAUUUGGUUUUAUGUUGUUAAAACUAUUUUUUGGAAACAAACCCUAGAAAGACAUUUUCCCCAGGGCACUCAAAAGAGGGUAUCAUGAUAAUAUAGAGCAUCUCUACCAUAGCUCAAUAAUAAUUUCAUAGGGAACAUUAGGAGUUAAUUAUGGUUUUUGUUGAAUGAACUGUGUAAAAAAUAACAGUUGGUCCUUGCCCUCAAAUAACUAACAGUCUGUUGGAAAGAGAGACUAGUGACAAGAAACAAUUCAAGGAUAAACUGUGUGGCCUGGAAAUAAGAGUUUAUCAAAGGGAGACAAUACAGCGGGCUGAGACAUUAAGGAAAACUUCUUAAACAGAAUAAUUUUUCCUCAUAUUCUUGGACUACAGCAGACAAAUCAAGCACUUUCCUGAGAUACCUGUUUGACUGCUUCUGUUGGUAAGUUUCUUGAGACUGAUGAAUAGGAAGUAAAUGAAAUUGUACUCCAACUCCUGUCUUUGGAACUUCAAGGAACAAUCCCUGAGGAUAGUUGUCUAAAGCAUUGCAAGUACUGUCAUAUUACAGAUGGAAGCAAUUAAUGUUCAUUUUUCAGUGUGAGUAGGAAAAUACUGACCUGUCAGUAAAUGUAGGACAAGCUAAACCUCUAAGAAAGAAUGCCCCUUUUGUUUGGCCACUUGAACAGCAGUCAUUUAUAUAAUUUCUAGUUAUAAAUUGGGACAGUCACUGUUUCCAGAUCAAAUAUAUUAAGCUACUGUAAUUGCUAAAACUGACCAGAGAUAGAUAAUAGAGUUGUGCCACUUUGUUUACUGAUACAGUCCCUGUGUCUCCUAGAUUUUUCCUUUUCAUUUGAUAUUCACCACCUUUUCUGUGGUGCUGAAUUUGCUUCUCUACAUCCCUCCUCUCAUCUUCAUUGUGAUUUUUCAUUAUCUGUACACUCAGAGUGCCAUACAAAGGGAAAGCUUAUAAUUUUUGUAUAAAUAUAUUUUAAUAUACCUCUGCCAUACCAGUUCCCCCUCCUAAAUCUCACCUCUCUUUCAAUGACAUUUUAAUUCGGCUGAAAUCCUAAGUUUAAAACCUUUACACGUUACUUUUUUUCAUUUUCUAUCUCCAGUUACCAAGUUUUUUGAAAUAUCUUUUUGUUAUUUUUCCUUGCUCCUUAUUCCCAUUUUCAUUCCUUUCUAGGCUCUCAUGGCCUCAGACCUGUAAUGCUUAUGCAGACACUGCAUUGGUCUUCCUAACAGCAGUUCUUGCUUCUUACUACUGUCAAAUGAAUCGCAUAGGUUCAACAAAUGCAAACUGAGCACCUGCCGUGUGUUUAGUACAAUAUCAGGUGAUGGGAAUACACACCAGUUUGAACAGAAGAGGGUUUGGCCAGUAAUGUGGCUGCAUUAAGUAGAAUUUGAAGCCAAAGGAAAGAGUGUUUUGCCCUAGAAGAUUCAGGUUCCCAGCAUUAGCUCCAUUGAAUAGGGUGGAGAUUCUUCUCUCUAAUGCCAUGUAGCUUGCAGUUUGGGGGAAAGGAACAAGUAUUGGUAUCCUGAGUGUUAUGUUAGAAAUACUUUUAGUUAUAGGUCCAGUAGAGACAACUGUUCUAAUCUAAGGGGUUAGGGAAGGGCCCUGAGAGGAAAUAAAGGAGUCAGAAUUGGCUAGGAAUAGUGUUACGGACUAAAGAAAUAACUGCUAAGGUUUGGAGUCAGUAGAGUGCUGUCAUGAACCAGGCACUGAGCAAUAUGAGUGAGACCUAGAUUCUGCCUUUACGAGCUGGUGUUCUAUGAGCCUUUGUAAUUCAGUGUUCUAGAAGAUAAAAUUAUAAAGAUUGGGCUUCGGGGCCAGAUGUUGCUAGGAACAGCUGGUUGUCUCGUGAUUCUCAACUGCGGAGUUGAUGGAUACAUAAAGUUCAAGGUGAAUUUAUUGAUGCACUGAGAUUGUAGAGCUGCUUCUCAGGGGUAGACCUGAUAUACCGACUGAUCUCACAGAAGACUGCUAUAUAGACUGGUGGAUUGUCAUUGUAAAAAUAAUAAAUGUGUUGACAAUAUCAGGUUGACAUGGCUAACUCAUCCUUCCCUUUAGAGUGACACAUGGGAAGCCAAGUUAUCAGAAAAUCGUUUGAAGAGUAUGGAAUCAGAACAUGGGGACUUUCUCCAAAGGAAUUGCUUCAUAAAGGGACAAAUACACAGAGUUUUGGCAAAGACACCUUCUCCAUGGUUGAAUGGUUUAUGCCAAUGUUAAAUUUACUUGAUCAGUUUAUAUUCAAGAAGUUAGUCUUCAUCCAGGAGACAAUGGGAGGUCACAGAAGGAUUUUAGGCAGGAGUUGGAUAUAAUCAGACCUGUGUUUUUCAAAGAGGACGUGUGAUGGUGUAGAAGUUGGAUUAGAGGUAAUAGAAGCUGGAACCAAGGAACAUUUAUGAAUCAGUUCUAGUAGUCCGGUUGAUGAGUAAUGAUGGAUAAAUAAGGAUAAGGAAGAAAGAAUAGAAUCUAGUAAGGAUUAACUAGAUCCACCUUACUCCUACUCAGAUUCCCACCAAGUGACUCAUCUUGUUUUUCUGUGUCAAAUAUUUACUUCAUAUAUCAAGAAAUGUUUCUUAAGAAAGAGUUUAGGUUUGUCCAAAAUGCACAGGAUAAAGACCUGUGCCUUUGACACUGUCUAAAAGUUGUCCCUUUAGGCAUGUGACUUUCAUUUUAUUGCAGAAAUACUUGUAUGAGUAAAUUCACAUCAGUUUAAACAGAAGAGGGUUUACCCAAGAAUGGGGCAAGCAAUGUCACUGCAGUAAAAUACAAAGCGAAGGAAAAGAGUGUUUUGUCUUCGAAGAAGCAGGUUCACAGUAUCAUGCAAAAUAGUUACUUCAUUAUUACUUGUUGGGAUGUUUUAGGUAGUUCUUGAAACCUGAUAGAAUUAUCAUUUGAGAAGGAAAAACAAUGCCCUUGGAAUAACUCAAGCACUGUUCUUAUAUUAAGCAUCUUAAAAAGUUGAAUAGGGGCUUCCCUGGUGGCGCAGUGGUUGAGAGCCCGCCUGCUGAUGCAGGAGAUGCAGGAGACACGGGUUCGUGCCCCGGUCCGGAAGAUCCCCCAGGCCGCAGAGCGGCUGGGCCCGUGAGCCAUGGCCGCUGAGCCUGCGCGUCCGGAGCCUGUGCUCCGCAAUGGGAGAGGCCACAACAGUGAGAGGCCCGCGUACCGCAAAAAAAAAAAAAAAAAAAAAAAAAGUUGAAUGAAUACCAAGCUGUUUACACGGAUACAAGUCCACUCCUUAGGUGCAAUUGACACUUGAUGUUGGUAAGGAGUAAUUUUUAACAGCCUUUGAAAGCAGUUAUACUAGCUUCCUCUUUCAAGGAAAAUUUUAUUCAGAUACAUAUAAACAAGUAUGACAACACAAAUUUGUUUUUGGAAGGAAAAUCCAGGUUUUCUUAAUUGUUUGUAUUUUCUUAAAUUCAUCCUUUUUAACAUUUCUGUUCUUUAGGUCUGCCAAAAUGUCUGAAAGAUCAGAUCUCCUUCACUUCAAGUUUGAAAAUUAUGGAGAUUCAAUGUUACAAAAAAUGAACAAAUUAAGAGAAGAGAAUAAAUUUUGUGAUGUUACAGUUCUCAUAGAUGAUAUUGAGGUACAGGGGCAUAAAAUUGUGUUUGCUGCAGGUUCCCCCUUCUUAAGAGACCAAUUUUUACUGAACGAUUCCAGAGAGGUGAAAAUCUCCAUAUUACAGAGUUCCGAAGUGGGGAGACAAUUGCUCUUAUCCUGUUACAGUGGUGUGCUGGAAUUCCCUGAGAUGGAACUGGUAAAUUACUUGACGGCUGCAAGUUUUCUUCAGAUGAGCCACAUUGUAGAACGGUGCACACAGGCCUUGUGGAAGUUUAUAAAGCCAAAACAACCAAUGGAUAGUAAAGAGGGAUGUGAACCGCAGAGUGCUUCUCCCCAGUCAAAAGAACAUCAGGGAGAUGGCAGAGGCUCCCCAAAGCAGGACUCACCUUGUAUCCAUCCAUCUGAAGACAGUAUGGAUAUGGAGGACAGUGAUAUUCAGAUUGUUAAGGUAGAAUCUAUUGGGGAUGUAUCAGAGGUUAGAAGUAAAAAAGAUCAGAACCAGUUUAUUUCAUCUGAACCCACUGCUUUACAUUCAUCAGAGCCCCAGCACUCCCUGAUAAAUUCAACUGUGGAAAACAGAGUAAGUGAAAUAGAACAAAACCACCUCCACAAUUAUGCCCUGUCUUACACAGGCAGUGAUAACAUCAUCAUGGCCUCAAAAGAUGUCUUUGGGCCUAAUAUUCGAGGUGUAGACAAAGGCCUACAGUGGCAUCACCAAUGCCCAAAGUGUACCAGGGUGUUUCGUCACCUGGAGAACUACGCCAACCAUUUAAAAAUGCACAAACUCUUUAUGUGUCUACUCUGCGGCAAGACUUUUACUCAGAAAGGCAACCUUCAUCGACACAUGCGUGUGCAUGCCGGCAUUAAACCUUUCCAGUGUAAAAUCUGUGGGAAAACCUUUUCUCAGAAGUGUUCCUUACAGGAUCAUCUUAACCUUCACAGUGGAGAUAAGCCCCAUAAGUGUAACUAUUGUGACAUGGUUUUUGCACAUAAGCCAGUUUUGAGGAAACACCUUAAACAGCUGCAUGGCAAAAACAGCUUUGAUAAUGCCAAUGAAAGAAAUGUGCAAGACCUCACAGUGGACUUUGAUUCUUUUGCAUGUACAACAGUCACAGACUCGAAAGGGUGUCAGCCACAGCCUGAUGCGACACAGGUCCUGGAUGCAGGGAAAUUUCAAGUUGGAGUGCUUCCUCUGCUUACAUUCAUGUCCUGUUUUUGUUACUGGUUUGAAGACUAAAAGGCAUGGGUUCAAAUAAGAUUGGUCUCUUUGGUUGGAGACUAUUCCUGGAUUCAUUCAGACAUUCAAGAGACAUUUAUUGAACACCUACUAUUGCCAGGCACUAUGCUAGAUACUGAGGAUAUGAAGGUAAGAUUGCUAUGGUCCCUGCCCUCACAGAGCUUACAGUCUCAUGUAGUCUUAGUGAGAUAAGGUGUCAAUUUGGUUUUAUCCUAGGAAGAAUAAAGAAAACUGCCUUGCUUUCUUUGAUCACUUUAAAUUAGCAUCUUGAUGGUUUUAUAUCACUAAAUCUUCUAGUUCUCACCUUUUUCAACUGCAAACUACUGACAUGGUUUACAGUGUCUCCCAUUUCUUGGCUGGAGAGGUGUUCUGUUUCUGUGAGACAUUUUCUUAAUUUUGGUGGUACUUGACUUUUCUCUUUCUUUGUUUAUACAUGUUUCUUAGAUUGCAUUGCAAAGUGGUCAAGUUACUGAUAUCAAAUAUGUUUUACAGGGGAAGAUGACUUUCAAAACUAGUCGUAUUCUUGUAGAGGAGGAAGAUUUUUUAAAACCUUAGACAUUCAGCAUUUGUAUUUUAUGGAUCCCCAGGAUAACUAAAAAGGAGAGAGGGCUCUCUUUACCAUAGUUUGGUUUUUAAAAAAUUACUGUGUCACAGUUAUUUAUUUAUUAUUUAAUUUUAAAGGCAAACUCCAAACUGAAGUGGCUCUGAGGUAAAUCAGAUGUAGUUUUAAUUUGUUUUAGUUUCUUUAUUAGAAGGUCUAUAAAUGGAGGGUGACCAGUGUCACUUCUUCUAAGAUAUUAUCCUAAACAAACAACCCAGAACAUUUUAUUUCAGCUGGUGAAUAGCUGUUCUAAAUCUGUUGUAUGUUAGACAUACU